CCCAUUAAUCAUGAGGCGUGGGAUUGGUUCUACAAGGUGUGGGGGAAGGACGAUGCCCUCUAGUGGACACGUGGUGGCAGACAGAGACGGGCGGAGUGUGUAUCGCACCACGGCCUGCAGAACCCGGCGCUGAAAUACGACCUGCCAUGGCCAUGAGGCCUUUCUUUGGCAUUCAGCCUGCAUUAUUGGACGAAAAGGGCCGAGUCCUGACGGGAAAUGAUGUCAGUGGCGCUCUGUGUAUCGGCAAACCGUGGCCCGGAAUGGCCAGAAGCAUUUUUGGAGAUCAUCAGAGAUUUGUAGAUGCAUACUUUAAAACUUAUCCUGGUUAUUAUUUUACGGGUGAUGGCGCGCACCGGACAGCAGACGGUUAUUACCAGAUCACCGGACGGAUGGAUGAUGUCAUCAACAUCAGCGGCCAUCGCCUGGGUACAGCGGAGAUCGAGGAUGCCCUGGCCGAGCACCCGGAUGUUCCCGAGGCUGCCGUCGUCGGAAUUUUUCACGACGUUAAAGGAGAAGUUCCGUUUGCGUUUGUGGUUCUAAAGGAGAAUGGGUUGAAGAACCAGGAGGACGUGGUGAAGGAACUGAGACAGAUGGUGGCCAAAAGCAUCGCCAAAUACGCCGUGCCUGACCACUUCCUGGUGGUGAAGCGUCUCCCGAAGACUCGCUCCGGAAAAAUCAUGAGGAGAAUUCUCCGGAAGGUGGCGAUGGGGCAGGUGGACAGGCUCGGGGACGUCUCCACGCUGGAUGACCCCUCUGUAGUGACCGAGCUCAUCGAUACUUAUCAGAGCUACAGGAACCGAGCGGCGACGGCGUGACAUCACAGGGUGGGGGGCGGCGGGCUUUUGACAGGAAGGUCAUCUGACAGACAGGAAGUGAGGGAGAUGGUAAAGAUGUGGUAGAGUGUAUGUUUGUAAUAACACUUUAAUGACCUGUAUGAUAUGAUUACGUCAUUCUUCAUGGAUACGGGUCAUAUCACAAAUCCGGCAUUAAACCCCGAAACUAACUCUCACACACACACACACACACACACACACACACACUCACACACACUCACACACACUCACACACACUUCCUCAGUGUGUUAAUCAUCAUCUUAUACGAGGGAAGAAUUAUGGAAUCGUUUGUGUGUGUGUGUGUGUGUGUGUGUGUGUCUAAUAUAAAUAUGUGUUGAUAAUCAGACACCUGAUAGACCAGAAUAUUUCAGAACCCAGGUUACAGCUGAGUUACACUACCUCUGUGUGUGGUUUAGGACGCAGCCGAGGUCAUGACACUGACGCUGUUCAUACUGGAUUUUAUUUUAGAUCAAUUAGAGAACGUAAACUGAAGAAAAAAACCUGUGAUAAUAUUAUAAACUGUGAUAAAAUGGUUAAGUUACUUACUGUGAUAUCAAAAUAUACAAAAAUAUCAGCGCACAUGAGGCCACGCCCACAGCCACACCCACACAGGUUAGAGCUGUGAGAUAACGAGGCGUGUCGUCAGGUCAAACACUAACGAUAACUGACUAAAGCUCUCAUCAGAACUGUGAUCUUAUAACCCUUCAUAAUGCGUCAUAAACUCCACCAGAGCGCUGCGCACUCCUCCAUCUAAACAAUUAUAAAACAUGACGGAGCGCUUCAACUAAACCGUCUCGUAUUUUACUCAAAAUGUUUUCCUCGUUAUGAAGUGUUCCUUAAUUUAUUAUCAUAAAAAUACUGAAAUGAACACAAACGUUAAACACUGUUCUGUACUGUGAACAUUCUUAUAAACUCUUUAUAAAGCCUCGUAAACUCCAGGACAUUUCAGAUUAUAAACUCUUUAUAAAGCCUCGUAAACUCCAGGACAUUUCAGAUUAUAAACUCUUUAUAAAGCCUCAUAAACUCCAGGACAGUUCAGAUUAUAAACUCUUUAUAAAGCCUCGUAAACUCCAGGACAGUUCAGAUUAUAAACUCUUUAUAAAGCCUCGUAAACUCCAGGACAUUUCAGAUUAUAAACUCUUUAUAAAGCCUCGUAAACUCCAGGACAUUUCAGAUUAUAAACUCUUCAUAAAGCCUCGUAAACUCCAGGACAUUUCAGAUUAUAAACUCUUUAUAAAGCCUCGUAAACUCCAGGACAUUUCAGAUUAUAAACUCUUCAUAAAGCCUCGUAAACUCCAGGACAGUUCAGAUUAUAAACUCUUUAUAAAGCCUCGUAAACUCCAGGACAGUUCAGAUUAUAAACUCUUCAUAAAGCCUCGUAAACUCCAGGACAGUUCAGAUUAUAAACUCUCCUCCAUCAGAAGGAGAAAUCCUAAGGAUUGUUAAUAUUAUUUAUAAACGAUUAUAGUGAAAUAAGGAGAAUGAUUACAUUCAUACACAGUUAUAACGUUUACCAGCCGCAGUGGAGGACUUAAGACUUUGUUAAGACGUUGAGACUUCAUUAAGACUUUAUUAUUAGAGUUUAUAAAAACUUUCUGAAGUAUUAGAGAUAAAAUAGAAGUAAAUGAUGUCACAGUUAUAAUGCUUUAUGACCACAGGGUGUAGAGAGAGUUACUGUACUUACGUUAAAUAAGCAAUAAUAAAAUAAACUGCAUUAAUGAAAUAAAUCUGAUUUAUUCUCUUAUCGUGUGAUUAUAUUAUAAUCUCUCAGCUGUGAAGAUGGAAAUUUGUCCAACAGAACGUGUUUAUGUUUAAUCGGAAUUUUAAAAAAUAAUUUCUGUUUGUUUUCUCUCAAUCUGACGAUUUCACCUCUGACCCCAGAACCCUGAGGUCAAAGGUCAAAAAGAGGAGCAGAGUGAGCGGCUAAUCAGAACGAUUAAUGAGUCGUCUAAUUAAAGAUUUUCUUCAUCUCCUCUUUCCUCCAGUUUAAAGUGUUCCCUCUCUACCUCUCUCUUUCUCCCUCUUUCAUUACAUUACAUUAUAUUAUAUUUAUUCAUGUAGCAGACACUUUUAUUCAAAGAGAAUUACAAGUGAGAAAAUACAAGCAAGGAGAUACAUCAAGCAGAGAACAAUACAAGUAGUGCUACCGUACAAGAUCUUUAACUGAGUUCCAGAAGAAGCAAAGUGCACAGUUUCAAGUGUUUCCUCUCUCCCUCUUUCUUCCUCUUUCUCUCUCUUUCGCCCUCUUUCUCCCUCUUUCUCCCUCUUUCUCCCUCUUUCUCCCUCUUUCUCUCUCUUUCUCCCUCUUUCUCUCUCUUUCUCUCUCUCUCUGCACAGUAAACCUGCCUCUCUGAACUGCUCGUGUUUGUGAUUGAAUUAUUUCGGAUCGGUCAUACAGUUUAAAGCUGAUAACCUGUGAUGAUGAUGAUAUGAUGAUGUGAAGAUGAUGAAGUGAUGAUGAUAUGAUGAUGAAGUGAUGAUGAUAUGAUGAUGAUGAUAUGAUGAUGUGAAGAUGAUGAAGUGAUGAUGAUAUGAUGAUGUGAAGUGUGUAAAAUGGGACACGGAUUUAGGAGCUGAACUUUAAUGCUUUAUUUACAGUCUGGAACUGUGUUUAGAACUUUCAAAUAAAAUCCAUCUGAUUAAUGA